UUGUUUUCACCCAACUUUUGUAUCCUGCGUAUGCUUACAUGGUGCCUUGAUAAAUCUAUUGUGAUGUGAUCUGCCUUAGUUUGCCUCUCUUUUGAGUUUUUCAUCGUUCUUCUUUUUUCUGUUAAAUUCUUUUGACCUAUUCUACUGAUAUGCAUGUCCUAAUGUAAAUGCAUUGUAUCUGAUACAUGGCUCAAUCAUUCUGGAGGCACUUGCACUGGUCAUAUAUGGGUCAGCUUGAAGUGGAAGUACAUCUCAGGGUCAGCCUGCCGAUCUCCUGGUCGCUCAUAUGUGGCUUGAUGCUUUUCUGCUUAGUCAUUAUCUCGCUCUUCACUGAAAACACGGCGUCUGACCUUGAGUGGUACUCCCACCGACUUAUGAAACGAAGAUCCUAUUUCAUACUGGAAAUUAAUAAAGGGCCGAUUGAUAUAUGGAAAUCUGAUUAUGCAAACUACUUAUAUGGAUGCAGCCAAAGAAGUCCUAAUGUUCUUUACUUAAGUUAA